UAAAUCACCCGCUCACCCUCACUCUUCAGUCUUCCCUACUCACUACUCUAACUCUACACUUCAUCAUUUACUUUGAUCGGCACUUUCAUCACCAUGUAUUCUAGAGAUCCAUGGGGCGGCCCACUUGAAAUCGCCGCCGCCGCCGGCGGCGGCGGAGGCGACUCUGCAACCGACGACGACCGGAGCAGAAACCUCCAAGAUUUAGACAGGGCAGCGCUCUCCCGCCAACUCGACGAGACUCAACAGAGCUGGCUCCUCGCAAGGACCGGCGACUCCGGCAAGAUGAAGAAACGUUAUGUGGACCUCGGCUGCUUCGUCGUCAGCCGCAAGAUCUUUUUUUGGACCGCUGGAACUCUUCUAGGUUUUGGUCUGCUUAUCGGGUUUAUAUUGCUCAUUAUAAAUGUCGUUCCACAUCGCCACCCGAAGCCGCCGCCGCCGGAUCAGUACACGCUAGCUCUGCAUAAGGCGCUCUUGUUCUUCAAUGCGCAGAGAUCUGGCCCAAUUCCAAAACACAGCAAUGUGAGCUGGAGAGGGAGCUCCGGCAUGAGAGAUGGACUGUCAGAUAAUGCAGUGAGGAAGAACCUGGUAGGAGGGUACUAUGAUGCUGGGGAUGCAAUAAAGUUUAAUUUCCCCAUGUCAUUUGCCAUGACUAUGCUAAGCUGGAGUGUGGUUGAAUAUAGAGACAAGUAUGAUUCAGCUGGUGAGCUCCAACAUGUUAAGGAAAUCAUCAAGUGGGGAACUGACUAUCUUCUUAAGACCUUCAAUUCUUCUGCUGAUACAAUAGAUCGCAUUGCUGCUCAGGUUGGGCAAGGAGACACUUCAAAAGGGCCAAACCCCAACGACCACUACUGCUGGGUAAGACCUGAAGAUAUUGAGUACCCAAGACCUGUUUAUGAGUGCCAUAGCUGCUCUGAUCUUGCUGCAGAAAUGGCAGCUGCUCUUGCUUCUGCUUCCAUUGUCUUCAAAGACAACAGAAAAUAUUCAGAAAAACUUAUACAUGGAGCAAGAACUCUCUUCAAGUAUGGAAGAGAACAGAGAGGAAGGUACAGUCCAGGAGGCUCUGAUCCUUCUCUCUUCUACAACUCCACAAGUUACUGGGAUGAGUAUGUGUGGGGAGGAGCUUGGCUGUAUUAUGCUACUGGAAAUUCUUCUUACCUUCAGUUGGCUACUACUCGUGGCAUUGCUAAGCAUGCAGGUGCUUUCUGGGGUGGUCCUGACUAUGGUGUUCUUAGCUGGGAUAACAAGCUUGUGGCUGCUCAGGUUCUUAUGAGUAGGUUGAGAUUGUUCCUGAGCCCAGGAUACCCUUAUGAAGAAAUACUGAGAACUUUCCAUAACCAGACUGAAAAUGUUAUGUGUUCUUACUUGCCUGUCUUCAGAUCUUUCAACUUUACUAAAGGAGGUCUGAUACAAUUAAAUCAUGGAAGGCCACAACCUCUUCAGUAUGCUGUAAAUGCUGCAUUUCUUGCUUCAGUAUAUAGUGAUUACCUUGAAGCAGCUGAUACUCCAGGAUGGUACUGUGGACCUACCUUUUACUCUACAGAAGUCCUGCGAAAUUUUGCCAGGAGCCAGAUUGAUUACAUUCUUGGAAAGAAUCCUAAGAAAAUGAGCUAUUUAGUUGGAUAUGGAAGCCAUUACCCCAAGCAUGUUCAUCACAGAGGAGCUUCAAUACCUAAAAAUGGAGUAAAAUAUACCUGUAAAGAAGGAUGGAAAUGGAGAGAUACUAAAAAGCCAAAUCCCUACACACUGGUUGGAGCUAUGGUAGCUGGGCCUGAUAGACAUGAUGGAUUCAAGGACGAAAGAACUAAUUAUAACUACACUGAACCUACCCUUGCAGGCAAUGCAGGCCUUGUAGCUGCAUUGGUUUCUUUGUCAGGCCUGAAGACUGGCUUGGAUAAGAACUCAAUUUUCUCAGCAAUUCCUCCAAUGUUUCCUACUCCACCCCCACCACCAGAAGCCUGGAGACCAUAACAGUUAUGGGGGUUUGUAUUUUUUUUAGUAUAGGGCCAAUUUGUUUCAUUAUAAGUGUUUGAAAGUGAUUAAAGCUGAGUUCAAAAAGUGAGUUACAGUGAUUUAUGUUUUGUUUUACACAAUAAAACUAGGCCAUUUAUUUCAUUGGAUAGAUUGAUUUCA